CAGCAGCGUCCCACCAUGUUAGGAUCUCUGUUCCUGCUCUGGCUGACUUUUUGUCUGCUGUUUUUUCUCUUGCGGACCCGCCGGGCCAAAAACUUCCCUCCAGGCCCGCAGCCCGUGCCCAUCUUUGGAAACCUGCUGCAACUCAAUCUGGAGAAUCCUACUGCAGAUCUGGAAAGGCUCAGCGCUCGCUAUGGAAAAGUUUUCAGCCUGUACUUCGGCGGCCGGCCAGCAGUCAUCCUGAAUGGGACCAAAGCCAUGAGGGAAGCCCUGGUUACCAAGGCAACAGACUUUGCGGGACGCCCUGGCGGACUGCUGCUCAGCCACCUAACACAGGGCAAAGGUGUGAUCAUGGCUGACCACGGUCCUAGUUGGAGGGAGCACCGUCGUUUUGCUCUGAUGACUCUGAGAAACUUCGGUCUGGGGAAGCAGUCCAUGGAGCAAAGGAUUCUGGGAGAGGUAGAGCACGUCGCCGCGGUGCUGGAGAAGAGCAUUGGAAAGUCUGUGGACCCCCAGACUUUGUUUCACAACGCCUCCUGCGACAUCAUCUGCUCCAUUAUGUUCGGGACACGCUACGACUACGAACACGAGUUCUUCCAGGCCAUGAUCAAGAUGAUGGCCGACAGCUCCAAAAUCGCCAACGGGCCCUGGGGGAUGAUCUAUGACACCAUACCACUGCUGAGGAGUCUUCCGCUGCCUUUCCAAUACCCUCUGAAGGCUUACUGCACAGUCAAAAAUUAUGUGCUGGGCAUCGUAGUGGAGCACAGAGCCUCCCGCUCCCCAAACCAGCCCCGGGACGUCAUCGACAGCUACCUGGACGAGAUGGACAAGAGGAAAGCAGAGGGGGACAGUCUGUUUAAUGAGGACCAGAUGUUGGUGAUGUUGAUGGACCUGCUGUUUGCUGGGACAGACACCACGUCCAACACCAUCCGCUUCGCCAUGCUCUACCUCAUGACCCACCCCGACAUCCAGGAGCGCUGUCAGCGGGAAAUUGACCGGGUGCUGGAAGGAAAGGAUCAGGCCAGUUUUGAAGACAGACACAAGAUGCCAUACACACAGGCAGUGAUCCAGGAGACGCAGCGUAUCGCCAGCACUCUGCCUCUCAGCGUCUUCCACUCCACCACAAAGGACACCGAGCUCAUGGGAUACCACAUACCCAAAGGAACCUUGGUCAUCCCUCACCUGACUUCAGUUCUGUACGAGGAAGGACAGUGGAAGUUCCCGCACGAAUUCAACCCUGACAACUUCCUGAACGAGCAGGGAGAGCUGCUGAAACUGGAGGCGUUCAUGCCUUUCUCUGUUGGUCCCCGUAUGUGUCUCGGGGAGGGCCUGGCUCGUAUGGAGCUCUUCCUCAUCCUGGUGACUCUGCUGAGGAGGUUCCAGUUCGUCUGGCCAGAGGACGCGGGACAGCCAGACUACACUCCGGUGUUCGGGGUCACCCAGGCCCCGAAACCCUACAGCAUGAUGGUCAGGCUCCGAGAGAGCCAGCAGGGCUGAGGAGGAGAGCGGGACGAGGGCUGAAAACCUGAGGGGACUGAAUGUAAUCAAGACCAUCGCUGACUGUUAAUUUAAGGGAGUUGGAAGUGAAAAAAUAACUGUAAUUCUUCUUGCUAAACUUUUCAGCUGGUAAUAAUUAGGGGUGGGAAUCGCUGGGUGACUCACAAUAUGACAUCAUCACAAUAUUGUCCCCCCAGUAAUGAUGGUGUGAUACCCUGAAAAAGGCAAAAUAAUUUUCCACUAAGCAGAAAUCAGCUGUGUUUUCCAGUGUUUUAAUAUGUGACUGACAGAACAGUUCCAGUUAAAAUAUAUAAACAUGUGCAAAUGAAGUUGAAAACUCAAAUACUGUAUCAAUAAUGCAUCACAAGAGGAUGUAUCCUGAUAUAUUGUAUUAUCGAUUUACUGUCCCACCUCUAGUAAUGCUGUUGAUGUGUUUCACCUUCAGAUUUAACAAAAACCUGAAAAACUGUACUGUAGUCAUCAUAAUGCCUACACUUUGCCUCUGUGCUGUAACACAAAUCAGCUACUUUAAUGUUAGCUGGAUUUAAAUCGACACAAAAUUAUGUUAAUUAUUAUCUUUAACUCAUUAAUCCAGCCCUUUGUUAGAUUUCCUCUCUGUUAGAUAUUUAUUCUGUAAUAUAUAUCUGCCUUGUAAUGUGUCAGCACCAAUUAAACAGUCAAAUUCCUAAUGCAACACUUAAUAUGUGGAUGAAAAAAGACUGGAAUAAUGGAGGCUAUUUCACAUUUAACAAGCAGAAGAGGCACAGUGCAGCACAAUAUCAUUGCAGCCUAUUAAUAUGCAAUGAAAAGUGAUCAAGCCUUUUCAGUGAAAGCUAUUGAAUUCCUUGUGCUGAGUCUCAGUGUGGGUGGACUUUGGCCAAACAUCAGUCAUUUAUGGUCAUACGUAAAUAUCACGCCUUGUGUUGUAUUUUCUGUUAGUUAGUUAAUUGUUACCAGUAAAUGAAGAU